AGAAGAAUCCAGACAAGCUUCCUCUGUCAGCAAAUUGCUCACAGGGGCUGCAGGUUGGUGUUUCUCCACCAAGAUGCUUCCCGCAGACACAAGGACCGUGCAGCUAAAUGGCAGCUGUGCCAGCUCAGUGGACAUGGAACUCUUCCUCCAUUAUUCCCUCAUCCCAUCACUUGCCAUCAUUUUGGUCUUGUCCUUCCUCCAAAGACGAGAGCAUCGUAGACAGAGGGAUGAUACCUCUUACCUCUUGGGAAACCACUUUGGAAUCAUAUUGCCUCUGGACUUCGUGAGCACUUUUAGUAACCGAUGGUCCUAUGGAAUUGCCUUUGGGGCCACAGCCAAUAAGGUCAUGUUCCUGUUUUCAGAAGGCUACCAGCCCCUGCAGGUCCCGCAGUGGGCCCAAGCCUUUGUGCUUCUGAUUGGAGGCAUCGAAGUCGGCCUGGCCUACUUCCCCUUCUUUGCCUGCCUUUCAUCUGAGUUCCGGCUGGUGGGCUCCAUCCUCGGCUUCUGCUACUCUCUGAUCUGGCUUGCUGUCACUACUCUCCAAAUCUCACAGUGUCCCCACGGGCAGUUUCUGGGGAGAUACGAGACCGUCAUGUUCUACUGGCCCUCGCUGCUGUGCCUUGCUUUCCUGCUGGGCCGCUUCCUGCACAUGUUUAUCAAGGCUCUGAGGGUGCACCUGGGCUGGGAGCGCCAGGCGGAAGAAAAGUCGGUUCUGGAACCUCACCAGGCAGCCCAUGUCAAGCGGCUCCUGAGAACGCCCCGCCCGCGAGAGGGAGAAGCAACUUGGUUCCAAACCAGGAUAUACGAGUGGGACCCGUGCUUUCAAUUCCCAAGCAGAAUGAUCGGAACUAUGGUGUUGGCCUUCAUCUGCCUGUACCUUUUCAUUGUCAUUGAGUUCUACGUGUUUGUGUUGGUGCGAGACGAGUUGGCCCUGUUUGAAGGCAAGCUGGAGAGCUACAUCGCCUCCGUGAACCAGACGGGGACCCUGACCCCAGUGAUCCUGCAGGUGAAAGAGCUGAUCAGCGUCGCCAAAGGAGUCUGGGUGGUGACUAUUUUGCCUGCCUCCCUCACGUGUGUGAGCUACCUAUUCCACAUUUUGGCCUGUUACAGGCGAACCUGGUGCAUCAAAGGGACCAGGAGCAUCAGACUCAAGGACAGCAGUGCAGGAGGCAGGGAUGGCCUUAAAUAUGUAGUGGCCAUUGCAAGGUACUCUGGCUGGCAGAUAGCCUACAUUCUGUGGGGCUACCUCGUCAUCCACGUGGUGCAGAGCUUGUGCGGCAUGGUGAUCAUGUAUGGGCUGGUGCUUCCCAUCAUCCACAACCAGGCCCUGGAGAUGCUCCAAGGGCUGGGCAUCGGCAUCCUCACCAUAUCCAUUGUCAUGGGUCUCAUGGUCCUGCAGGUGAGGAUCGCUGCUGGCUUCUUCCUGCAGCCCAAGCUGGACACAGCUGACAAGCAGAAGCCCUUGGCUCUCGACAACAGGAAAGCAUUCCACAACUUCAACUACUUCCUGUUCUUCUACAACGUGCUGCUGGGCCUGGGUGCCUGCCUCUCCAGGCUGCUCAUCAGCUGCGUCCUGGGCACGUGGCUCAUCGCGCGCAUCGACAGGACCAUCAUGCAGAGCGGCUACGAGGGGGCAGACAUGGGGUUCAGCGCGUGGAUCGGCAUGCUCUAUGUGGACCAUUAUCACACCAACCCCGUGCUCGUCAGCUUUUGUCACAUCCUGAUCACAGGCCACAGGGAGAGGCAGCUGCAGCAGGCCAUCAAAUACUGCUACAUAGAUCAGUCAGCAGGUCCACGCGUCUCAGCUAGGUCCAGGACGAGGUGGCUCCUGCUGCAGACCCUGAUCAACAACCCCAGACUUGUCACACUCAGAAAACCGAAAUCGGGGCACAGCUCCCGGGAGUUUACCCAGAUGCUGCUGAUGCACUCGGACUGCUGACACUGGCCUCCAACAUCUGAUCCAAAAUCAGGCCAGGACGUCUGCACCCCGGAGAGGACUCAGUCUAACCAGCAGCUGUCCCCUGCAAUGAGAUGCGAUGGUGCCUGUACUGUCCCUGCAGAUGGCAGUCAGCACUGUCCACUCAUGGGAUGGCCACCUGGGCUGAGGGAUGAAGUCUCAAGAUUAUUUCAUUCCCUUGGCAAAACAGAUCAAAAACUAAAGAAAUGUCUAUUGAACAAACUUUGCCCAUUAAUGACGUCUACUAUCCAUUGUGGGUAGGCAGCCUUGGGGAUUCCUUGUUAAGAAGCACUUAGUUUACGUACAAAGUAGAAUUUUGUGCCACUGAGGAAGGUGGUAAAAUGUCUGCAUCAGAAGAGUCUGACCAUCAGAUCCUAUUUUCUCUGAAACAGAGUGUGGCCUUCAAUCCAACAGGGUCCUCAUUGCUUUCUUCUUUGUGGGCUUUAUGGUGGGGGAGAGGAGGAACUCCAUGAUCCCAGCCUCCAGGCGGGCAGGACAAGUGGGCGCACACUGAGCUCUCUCCCAGGCCACUGUGAUGAGGAAUGGACAGAGCUGACCUGGGCCUUGGUCACAAAGGAGAUGCACAGAUGCUCUCUCACUAGGGUUGGGUCACUGGGAAAGCCACUUGUCUGAGGACGCAGACAGGGUAGGCAGGCAUUCCAGGUGAGGAACAACAAGAGCUGUGUGAGUGUGCAAGCCCCAAGCAUGUUUGAGGAAGGAGAGCCAGGUGGCAUGUGGAGGUUCAGGGUGCUGGGGAGGCCCAAAUGCCAGGGUGGAAUGCUUGGAUAUUUUUCCUUGUGCAGAGCCGAGUACUUACCCAAAUUCUUCAUGCUGAAGCAUAGGACAUGGUCCAGGACCUGUACAAAAUCUGUCCACUCCAAGUUCCUGAUGAAGCCUGUACAACUACUGUGAGGACCCCAUCAACAGGGCAGAGGGGAAUCUCCAGCCACCUCAUGAGUCCCGAAGCAAUUGUGAUUGGGUUGUUAACUGAACACGUAGUAUAAACCCAGUCCUAUUGCUAGUCCUAUUGCAAACUUUGUUUGCAAAGUUGUCUCUUUUAGUCUAAUCUCCACAACUGAGCUUUGCCAUUCUGCUUUUAGAAACUGAGAAAACUAGGACUCAGA